UCUUAAACACAACAUAACACAAUCCAGUUCACACUGACUGACUGACCGUCAUUGUGUGUGUGUGUGUGUGUGUGUGUGUGUGUGUGUGUGUGUGUGUGUGUGACAGCUUUAUUUCUGCAGAAGAAGAAUGAAAUGUCUAAAAACGGAUGAUUAUGUCCAGAGGAUAUCUUGUGCAAAGGACACUGUGAUUCUUCAUGAUGAGCUGAAGAAACACGUGAAGGACGGCCUCGGACCGUUCGGCCGGACGGCGUGCGAUCGGAUCAUCCGUGCCUGCAACCAGCGUCUCGGCGGAGGAGGAGCUCUAGAUCCAGAGCUUCAGGAGCGCCUGGUGGAUCUUGUGGAGCUGGCCACGUUGGGUAUGGAUCUGUUACAGAACAAGGAGUACAGUGUUCCCACUUUAUUGGAGAAGAUCAUCUUCCACAUUCUCCAGAAGCUGGUGACAUGUGAAGCUCAUGCUGCUGCAGGUCGACUGGGGGAGUUCAUGUAUGUCAGACUGCAGGGAGCAUCCUUACAGGCUGAAGACUUCAGUGUUCUGGUGCGGAACUGUUUCGCCGUCCUGUGGAAACCGCUCGAGCGGUGCUUCGGGGCCUCCAGCCUGUCGCCCAGAGAGCGACUCGUUGGGCCGCUGCGCAGUGCUUUGCGUUUCCGUCUGUUGGAGGAGGAAACGUCCUCACUUCGUCUAAGGUCCCUCUGUUUGUGGAGGGAGGCGCUGAAGGAGUACGAGCGUUCGUGUGGAGCUUUGUCUCAGGACGAUGUGGUGUUUUUGCUCUCCGAGUUCCGGACCCGUUUUCUGAGCUCACAGGUGGAGCAGGAUCACGCUUCCGACUCAACCCCUGCUGGCUGUGAGGUGGAGACAGUGGUGAAGGUGUGCACGCUGUGUAAGAACAGACUGUGACGCGCGGCACGUCUGGUGGACGGAUCGCUGGAGUACGUGCGGAAGCUGGCGAAGGGGUUGUGCCCGGUGCUGGACUUGGCGAGUCGGGCGGUGCGACUGCAUCGAGACUUCGGCUCCGGUGGGGAAUGCAGCAAAGUGUUCACAGACUGCGCUCAGAUCCUCAGAGCUCUGCCUGAUGUUCUCAGUGAUGCAGAAAAGCCAUGCCCGUUAGAGGCGUGUCAGCUGGUUGUCUGGGUGACAGAAACAGGGCAGACAAAAGGGAUGGGCGGAGCUACGCUGCUGGCCCAGCUUUUCUUUUGGGAGGAAUAUCAGGAGUUUCUAAUCAAACAGCAAAAGAGAUCGUUUUCACAGCAGCUGCAGUAUUCUCUGUGCUUCAGUCUAUACCAGGGCUUCAUCAGCACAUACGACAGUUUACACAACUCACAGGACUCGGUAGUUGAACAGUUGGACAGAAUUGUGUUAUACUGCCAGUCUACACUGGGACGCAUGAUGACUGAACUUCGCACACUGUCCAAUGACGGCUUCUUCCUGAAAGCUGUGUAGUGUGUGGUGAACAAUGUGGUGUAUGAGUUAUUUAACAGGAAGCUGUAUACGGAAGCCUACGGACUGGUGGAGAUCAGCCAGGAGCUGAGUAAAGACUGUCCAUCGUCUUUCCCUGUGGACAGAGUGAACCGCUGCUUCAUGCUAGCAGUGCAGUCCAGUCGGCGAGCAUCUCAGCUAGACCGAGCUCUAGAUUGGGUGGUGCGCUGGAUUCAGGUUUUAGGUUCUCGAGUUCUGGAUCAUCUUACAGAACCGGUGUCACUGUGGGUCAAACCAAGUGUGACGCUGCCGAGCCGGUGAGGAGGAACACGCCUCAGAACCCUGAGGGACGGCAUGGGGACAGCGACCGUGGACGAGGAGGUGUUGCUGCGUCUCCUGGAGGAGGAGCUGCGGAUGUAUAAAGAGCAGAGCGGAGACACUGCACAGGAGCGCUAUAACACACUCUGUGACCUCCUGGAUAUCUGCCAUGAGGAAACCACACACACUCUCCGUCGUGCCUCUUAUCUGUGUGAGAUGGCUCAGGUGGUGUGUUACAGGGACUUCAGCGAACAGACCGACUGUUCUGCAGGUGAUUUUGUCCAAGAGGCUCUGCGCUUGUUGGAGGAGGAGCCAGAGACAGCGGAGAACUCUGAUAGGCUGAAGGAUGAAAAGGCUCACGCUUCUCUCUGGCUCUACAUCUGCAUGCUUGAGGCCAAUCUGCAGGAGGUCAUGGACACAGAGAAGCGUCUGCGUGCAGUGCAGGAGGGCAGUAAGACAUUCUGUGGUGCUGAUCUUGAAGCGAUUCCCACUAACGAUUUGGAGUAUGAAGACAAGCAGAAGGUCCAGGAGAGCCAGCUGGUGUACGAUGGACUGCGCUUCAAUUUGUCUGACCACAACAGUAACCUUUUAGAUAAGAGUUUAUCCCUCUGGACGACUCUACUGAAAAAAGGCUCAGUACCUGCAGUGAGGGACCCAAAACACACUGCCAACUCCAUCCUGCUAAUGGCUGCCCUUUAUACACUCAUGGGCAAGUCCCUUCAGGCUCUGGAGUGUUAUCAGCCGGCGUCUCUCCUGCGACUCCUCGGUGAUGUCCAGAACAGUGCGACUGCUUUGUUCCAUGCCGCUAAACUCCUCCUGGACUUGGGCUCUCCACAGCUCGCACAGGUGGAAGCAUGGUGGUGCACAGUCUGUGUGAGGUUGUUGAAGGAAACUGCUCUGCAUCACUCUAAAAGCUGGUACAUGCUGAAGGCUCGAGCUCUGCAGACUGCCAGCGCUUACCUCAGCUGGACACAAGAAGUUGCACACACACCUGCGGAGACCAUCGUGCAGCACGGUUUAAAGACUCCAGACACUGCUCAAUAUGAAGCACUGAAGCUCCUGUGCAGGUCUGGUGAUGAUGCUGCUGGCUGUGCUGAGUUGUUAGUGUUGAAGGCUGAGUUGGAGUUGAUGAAAGGUGCAGGUGAAGCCAGUGUAUUGGAUCUGGAGCAGGUCAGACACUUACUGGAUCUUUGCACAGAUUUUGGACAUCAGCAGCACCAGAAGUCCAAGAUGAAGAUAAAACCUCGUAAAGGUCGACCGGCUGUGAAAGCCUCUGUCCAUGAGAUCCCUGAGGAGGAAGAGGAGGAUAUACGUGGGCUCCUAAGUUCUCGCUCGUUGGGCAGAGAAGCUUUAGAGGAGCUGUCUGAAUUGGGGCAGGAUGCGUCGCCCCCUCUGAAGCCCAAACGGCAGCGUGUGCUGUCCUGCCUGAGCCACACUGAGUCCUGCACCUGUCCCUGCUGCACUGAACCUGGACUGGCUCGAGUCAGCGUGCUCUGGGCCCUGGCGCAGGCCGACACCCAGAGUGAGGCGCCAAAUUCACGCCAGCUUCGCCAGAUCGCCAAACUGCGCUGUCACAGUAUCGGCAUAAAGCUCCAAGCCCGCUUGGCAACACUGGUGUCCGUUAAAUGUCCGGAAAAGCCGUGCUUGCUGCAGCCAGAGGUUGUGAGGGUGCACCUGAGCACAGUGUUAACAGAGCUGUGCUGCAGCGUGGCUGAGACGGGGAAAACCGUCGCUUUGUGGGACGAGAUAGAGGCAGGACUGGAGGCUGUAGAGCCCAGAGGAGCACUGUUACCCGAGCUGGGGCCUCUGAAGGCGGCUCUGCUGGUGGCAAAAGCUGUGGCCUGCUGCUUGGCUCUGGCUGGAAAGAAGCAGUGUAGCCCUGAAGAGCUCUUAUCCUCCAUGUGGGGCUGGACUCCUCCAACAGCUCCUAAAAUCAAAACACUGGUUAAACCCAGAGGAAAGAGCUCCAGCAGUGACAAACCUCUUCCAGCCACUGCACCAUCAGCUAAGAACCUGACGGAGAGCAAACUAGAGGUGUGUGUAGAGCCAGGGCGAAAAAAAAAUACAGAAGUUGCUAUCGCUUCCUCAAAGAAAGCCAAGAGCUCCAUGCCAAAAAUCAUCACCGCAAAGCCUGCUAUGGUCUUCAAAACCCCCCGGGCAUCUAGAACCCCCAGGCCCAGGUCCGUCUCAGUCGUGACUCCGGCUGGCAUGGCCACUAACCUGAGCGCGUUUGACUUCACCAAUGAGGUACCUGAUAUUACAGUAAGCUCCACCCCUCUUCCUGCAGCCAGGGCCACACCCAGUAGCCGCUGUGGGGUCACGAGGUCAAAGGACAUGUCAAAGUGUUCCUUCCAGGUUUUUGAAGAUUCAUCACCUCUGCAAGAGAAACCUGUACCAGUUCCAGCUGCUCCAAAACGGACCAAACGCUCACGCUUUAAGGUGGAGUUUAGUGAUGAGAGCGACACUGAGGUGGCUGAUGCGCCAGAGACAAAAUCAGACAACAAGCGCUCCGUGUCUUCUGGACCAAAACACACCUCUAAAAGCCGAGCUGAGGAGCAGAACCGGCCCAGACGCACGAGAACCACGAAGAAAAGCACCGCCCUCUGUCCCAGCGGUGCCUCCUCUGAGGAAGACACGCAACUGCGACGGGGACGAUCCAGAAAAGCUCAGAGCUCCGAUGUUGUGGAGAAACCGGAGAAGAUGAGGAUGAGCCGAGAAGACGAGUGUGGAGAUGGUGGUCUGGAUAUCAGUCUGGAGGACCUUCAGGAGACUGACUCAGAGAUGAACGCAGACUGCGAGGUGCUGAGGAGAGACCUGGGAGUGGAUCCUACCAGAGACUGUGUGAAGGAGCUCAGAAGCUCUGGACAGACAGGAAUACCGAUGCCACACACACAUGUCACACCAGGAGAGCUUUCUGUAGAUGUGAUCCAGUCACUCCUGACCUCCUCUUGGCUCCUCCUACACCACUUUCCAUGCCCCUCCCUGUACCCACACCUGUGCUCGUUGCUCGCCCAGUCACUUGGCCUGUCUGAUCCCGUCACCACAGCCAUGCUUCAUGCUCAGUCACUGGGCGUGUCCUCUCGUCACCACAUGACGCGUCACCUGGCCAGUCGGAUCAGGAAGCUGAAUAAGACGAGUAGCGAUGUAGCAGAGAGUCUGAGUGGGCUGUGUUUGGAGGAAUCUUCCAGUCAGAUGCAGAAACAGGUUCUGUCUUCACUCGAGAACAUUUACUCCUUCACCUGCACGCAGCCGACUCACUUCCCAGACACACACUGUGGAGAGUUCACACAGCAGAUCAAACACCUGCCUACAGGUGUAACUGUGUGUUUGCUCUCUCUCGUGGGGGUGUGUCCUGGUGAGAUUGGCAGUACACUUCUUAUCACACGACUAGAGCAGGGCUCUGCCCCAAUCACCAUGAGGAUCCCGACUGCACAAACACGCUGCUCUAUGGAUGUGCUGCUGGAGGAGAUGGAGGCGGUGCUUCAGGGUCAGAAGAAAGUGAGUGCAGUGGCAGACAAGGCGCAGUGGUGGGAAGGCAGGAAGGCUCUCGAUGCUCGUGUGCAGAAACUUCUUGAGGACAUGGAGGAGGCUUUGGGUGUGUGGCGAGCAUUGCUCCUCCCCAUGACCUCUGACCCCGAACUCGCAGCUCAAAUGAAACGCCUUCAGUCGUCAGUAAAAGGGACCCAGAUCACAGUGGACAUGCUGAAGGUGAUCGUUUCCGCAGCCCCUCUGCUGUCUGUCUCCGAUCUGCAGUCCCUGUGUGAGGGGGCUGGUCUACAGGAUGGAGACCUCCUGAUGCUGCUACAGAAGUGUGUGUGUGAGCUGAGAGGGAGGGAGGAACCUCACGGACACACGGUCCUCAUUCUCGACAAGGUGGAGUAA